AUGUCUCUCCUCCACUCUCCUAAAUCCGUGCCGACAGAGACCUCCGCCCUCCCUCCUUCAUCUCCUCUUCCCGCCGACCGCUCCCUCAACACCCAAUCAUGGUACUCUCCCAUACGUCGCGUACUCUUCACCUCUCUACUCCUGGCCAUGACCUUCAGGCUCACUCAAACUACCCUCAUCUACGCUUUUCGGGUCAUGACCUGCGACGAAUACUACAAGACGCACGAUUGGGUGGGGGAAAGGGGGGAUGACAAAUGUUCGCUACCGAAGAUUGAAGCAGAGAGUGCUUCACACGUGGCGUUGAUGAGCAUGAUGACAACGAUGGGGACAAUCGGCAACCUCUUCUACGCGACCUGGUUCAUCAAAAGGCACGGAUGCAAAGCUACCGUCUUUCAACAGACCUUCUGGAUCGCCCUUCGUAAUCUUGCCGAUAUAUACGCAAUCAACACAGGCGGUAGUCGGGGUAUCAGAAUCAUCCAGGCGUCACAAUUAUUGAACUUUCUGGUUUCUCCCGGGGGUAUCCAGAUUGCGUGUAACAUGUAUAUUGCAAUCCUUGCGAAGGCGGAGGAUCGGACCGCAAAGUUUGGCGUCUUGACUGGUAUCGUAUUCAUGGGGUCGUCAAUCGGGUUUUCCGCUGGCGGUCUCCUUUUCUUCCCCUGCCUUGGCCUCAUCGGUCCAUUUUACGCGGCUUUCGGCUUUCUUUGCUUUACCACCCUCUCCGGAUCUCUCUUUCUCCCCAAUAUACCUCCCGAGGACUCACAAGAGAGUGACGUCAAAAAGAAGAAGAGAUCUUUCCUCUCUCCACUCAAGAUCUUUAUUCCUACCAAACACCUUGUUCGAGGCGCGGCAAAGAGAGACUACAACCUGCUUUGGCUGGGACUCGGGGCGUUCUUCAGCGUACUCGCGACUGGGUAUGUUCAUAUAGGUCUACAGCUCGUGGGAACGAGUGUCUUCGGGUUCCUUCCUGGUCAGAAUAGCAUCAUGCUU